GUCAGGGCUCUGUAUCGCUGGAUCACUGCUCAGCCAGUCGACAUGAUGCUAGCACCCAGAAAUAAACCAAGUACCAAUAAACCAAUCUACCACAUCUGGGCGAUCAAGAACAGCGAGGGCAACUAUUCUCAGUGGUUCUCCAAGUUAUGUCGAGCAGCAAAAAUACCCUGUGUUAUCAUCCAUGGUCGUUUAAAAGGAUCAUCAUAUCAGGUUGGACAAUCUGUGUUCGAGGAUGAACACUACGGAGAAUGGAAUGCGGUGCUGAUCGAUGGAGUCUGGAGAUUUGUGGAUGCCUAUUGGGGAGCAUUUAAAAGUCAAAAUCGUCUAGAAUCCAGAUCUAGUUCACACAAAACAUUAACUUAUACUUGUGAUGAAAAUUACUUCCUUACGGAUCCGUCCGAGAUGAUCUACUCCCAUUAUCCGGAAGUGCCUGAAUGGCAGCUAUUACAGUAUCCAUGGACGAUCAACAAAUUUGAAUCUUGUGCCAAUACGAAAGAUCGUUUUUUUGAACUCGGGAUGUCUCUAGAUUCCCACAAAAAGUGUGUGAUU